AUGCCUCCUCAUUCCAAAGACAAGAAGAACUUCGGCUUCACAAAAGAGGCGGAGCCAAUGGACCGCGGACCAGCCACGCAGCACGAUCCUCCUUCGAGACGGAGCGGACGCCGUCCAGAUCCCUCGUCUCUAGCCCUAUCCUUACUGUUCCCUUUUCCGCCAUAAAUUUCUAUUUAUUCGUUGGAUCAAUGAGCUUGUCGUAAUAAGCAACUUCAUAAAAAUUAGUCCGUCUUGCAAUGAUUCGAUGCUGAGAAAUUAAAUUUGAGUGUUCUACAAAAAAAAAAAACGAUGCAAGGUUUUAAUAAUGUAUAAAACCAAACCAGGCCGAUCAUAGAUAACGGUAAAUCCCUCGGAGCAUGUUUUACGCUUUACUUUACGGUGUAAUGUUGCACGAGGCCUCAAAACUCAUUUUUCUUAAAUCUACAACGCUUUUUGCUACUUUCACCUCGAAGCAAGGUUCAAAAAUAAUAUUUGCCUUGUCUUUAUAGAAAAAAAUUUUCACGAGGUUUCCAGUUAUCUUUACCUUUUUCAACAGCUUUAAGUUGAAACUCCCAACAAAAAAUAAUAAGCUAAAAUUUUCAACUUUUUAUAUCCAAUUUUUACCUUGAAGUGUUUUUCCGUACUACAGAACCGUCAGAAAAGAUACAAAAAAACGGGAUUUCAGUCAAAACUUUCUUGUAAGAAGUUCCACCUUCCUGAAACUUUUAAAAGUUGUGACGGUUAUUUUUAACACUUUGAUGGAUUUUCAGUUCCUAGAAUAAAAAAGCAGUUUCAGAAACCUUCAGACUGACCAGACCCUCUGCUUCUGCACGAUCUCUUACCAUAUCCUACGCAGUUAUUUCAAAAGUUCUAACUGUAAAGCUUCCAGAACUCGCCGUCUAAAACCUGUAAAAGCCAGCCAAAACGGGGCCAGCAACAACAUCAGAUCUGGCGGCGGACGCGCUGCUGUCUAUCUCUCUAUCCCUUGUUUUAUUUUUUAACUUCAUCCAACAGUUGGAUUCCAACUACUCUUCCUCCGGCGACCACUGUGCCCCAAGACUUAUCCCAGCCUAUUCCGCUCGCGACGUCGCGAACGUUUGGACAGAGCAAAAAUAUUCGACGCCAAGAACCUUAAGCAUGCCGUGAUCCUAGACCUGAUAAUGACGCACCAAAUCGUUCAGAUGAUAACAGAAGGUCGAAGCGACCACAUCACAAAACUCGAGAAAGAGAUCAGGAAGGUCUCUUUAAAGGUUCCAUCGGCCUUGGGUGGCGGAAUGCGAGCGUCGUCGAAAGAAAUUUAUUCGUUUCCAACGAGUAUGAUCCCAAAAGAAUUCAUCCGGAGCGGAUUCACCCGCGAUUACUGGGAGAAGACGAGAAACCAACCACGGAAACUUUUUUCAGAAAUCCCGCUUGGAGCAGCUUCCAGACCAAACCGGGAGAGGGUUCGACGAAAUGUUCAAUGAUGAUGACGACGAUGACUGGGGUUCAUGAUGAAAAGUAGAAAAUGACACCAUGGAGAGUCCUGGGCGUGGAAUCGGCAUAUGACCCGAAAAAAGGCCAUCAUGCUUCUUCGAAGACACAAAGUCAAAACAUCGUCAAAACGAACUCUGCGGUCAAACAUGACCCCAUCAACAGGACGCCAGGAUGAUUCUUCUCGGACACGAAACCAAUACUCGUCUUGCACGACGAAAAAACUUCGCUCCGCCUAGCAACCAAUACAACCCAAGGAACAAACCGCCUUCUCUUUUUGAUCGCUCUGACCCGGUGACCAUCCUUGGCAAACCCUCUACGACCUGA